UUAUUUUUUUAUUUUUAUUGAUUUUUUAGUGAUUUUAAAAAAGUAAUUAAGCAAUUCUACGUAAUGUCGGUUGAACAAUUGAAUAAUCAACUGUCUUUGGCUCAUGCUCGAAUCACUUCUCAGGAUCGGCAAAUUGCUUCUCAAGAUCAGCAAAUUGCUUCUCAAGAUCAGCAAAUUGCUUCUCAGCAAACUCAACUUAACAAAUUGACUGGAAUGAUUGGACUUCCGCCGGUUAGUUUUAAAAAAUAUGUUUUGACUGAUCUUUCCGUUAAUAUCGAUUUCAUAGCAUGA